AUGUCGGCGCCGCCGCCGCCGCCGCCAUCAUCGUCGCCGUUCAAGGCCUUCCUCGAGCAAAAGCUCGGGGAGCUCCCGCUUCUUGUGAUCUACGCCGUCCUAGAAUGGGUGAUGAUCAUCCUACUCUUCGUCGACGGGCUCCUCGCCUUUAUCCCGAACGAAAUCUCCAAAUUGUUCGACCUACGUGUCCCGUGCCUCCUAUGUACUAGGAUCGACCACGUCCUCGUCCCGCGACACUCGGGAUUCUAUUACAAUGAGUCGAUGUGCGAGGACCACAAGAAGGACAUCUCGUCCCUCGUCUAUUGCCACGUGCACAAAAAGUUGUCGGACAUCCGGAGCAUGUGCCAAGGUUGCCUCCUUUCCUUUGCGAGCGGCCGGGAUUCGCACUCCGAUAAGUACAAGUCCCUCGUCGGGACGUUGCACGGGGAUGUUGCGGAGGAAGACAAGAAUUACGACGCCGAGGUACCGUAUUUCAAAAGUUACACUCCGAGAUGGUGCUCGUGUUGCGGGGAGGCGUUGAGGCCGAAGAAGGUCGCAAAGAAACGACAAGCACGGAGUUUGUCGAUAGGCGGGCCCACGUCGUCUCCUCGAGCACCAUCGCGAUUGGGGAACAAGAAUGAGGUCGAGUUGCCACGUGUCAAGUGUCGAGAGGUUCGGGCUUCGUCCGACGCCCGAUUGGAAUAUCUCGAAGAUGAUAUCGCUAAAAUAGAAAGUCAAGUGAAAGCGACGGUUCCUGCAUUUCAACUAGAAUCAGACGACGCAAUCCGAACGCCAACAUUCACAAAGUCGAACCGGUUCUUCGACAUUGCGGCGCAAAUGAGCCCUCGAUGGGCGUCUCGGAUCGCGACGAAGCCUCCCAUUGCGGAGCCCAACGAAGAAGAGAGCGGCGACCUCAUCAGCCGUCUAAAGCGACAACUUCAAUUGGAUCAAAAGACACUCAUGGAAUUACAAAAGGAGUUGGACGAGGAAAGGAGCGCCGCGGAUGUCGCAGCGAACAACGCUAUGGCGAUGAUCUCACGGCUGCAGGCCGAGAAGGCGGCCGUCCAAAUGGAGGCAUUGCAGUAUCAGAGAAUGAUGGAGGAGCAGGCGGAGUACGACGAGGAGGCGCUGCAGAUGCUACGGGACAUGGUGCUAAAGCGCGAGGAAGACAUAAAGGGGUUGGAGUCGGAGCUUGAAAUGUACCGAGAGAAGUAUGGACAGAUCGAGAAAUCCGAGGUGGAUGUCGACGACGAAAAUUGUCGCGUCAUCAAGUCUCCGCCGAUAUCUGAAGGCUUGAGCUCUGACCAGGUUUCCGAACAUGGCGAUGAGAGCGCCGAGCAUGAACCAGCUCGGGAAGUGUCGUCGCUCGAUUUCGAAGGCGAUAGAUCGUAUCUUUUGGGACUUCUAACAGAUUUGGAGAAGAAAAUGUUGGCUGAUGAAGGGAUCGUGAUUUCCUCCAAAAAUGAAGAUGAAUCUACAGAGGAAAAUAACAAAGCGACCCUAACAAGAGGUAUGUCUUUGAUUAAAGAGCGGUUGGGGGCGAUUGAGGCAGAGAGUGGAUUCUUAAAGCAUGCGGCGAUGACUUUGCAAAAAGGCGGGGACGGGACAAAGCUGUUGAACGAAGUAGCUCAGCAUCUUAGGGAUCUCACGGAGACCGGGAAAUCUCCGUGGGAGGAUGCCGAUGAAGUUUCUCCAACUCACCACUCGCAACAUAUGCCUUAG